CCCCUUCCGUCUCGUUAUCUGAUCUAACUUUCAAGAAAAUCGCCCUUCACCUUCCUCUUCGCUCUCCCAUGGUCAAUCUCUUCUCCUCCCCACUUCACUCACCAACUCCUCUCGAAACCCCGCUCAAACUUCUAGCUCCGAAUCGAGAUCUGCGUCCACAUGGCGAGCGACAAGACUCGGUGUCGCCCAAUCUCCGUCGAGAUCACCGUCAUAUCGGCUCACGGCCUCAAGAACCCGACCCUGAACGCGCUCUUCUCGCGGCGCCUCAAGCCCUUCGCCACCCUCACCGCCGCGCCCUCCACGUCGCCGGUCCAAGUUCACGCCACCAGCGUCGAUCCCCGGGGGGGCUCGAGCCCGACGUGGAACGAGAAGUUCCGCCUCUCCGUGGACCCCGCCUUCUUCGCCGACGUCCGGUCGUCCGUCCAUCUCGCCGUCCGCGCGCGGCCGCUCGGAGGCGGCGAGGCCCUGCUGGGGUGGUGCCAGAUCCCGGCCGGCGACAUCCUCUCUCCGGCGGCGCCGGCGGGGCCCGUCGGGUUCCUGAGCUACCGGUUGAGGGACAGGGACGGGACGAGAGGCCACGGCACGGUGAACGUAGCGGUGAGAGUCGCGGUCGAAGAAGGGUGGGCAGGCUCCGUUGCGACGCGGGCGAGCCGUGCGGACGCGUGGCCGACGGUCAUUGGCUGGCCGGUUGCGUCCGCUUGCGGGUGAUCACUGAUCAGUAGACGGAGCGUGGGUGGGCCCACCAACCUGAUCGAGCGGUGAGGAUGGGGUGAGGAUGGGUCAACGAUUUGAUUUUUUUUUUCAUAUUUUUCUGUAAAAACAAUGAUUUGGGUUUUGCUUCAAACGAUGGAGAGUUGUCUUCCCUUUUCUCAUU